CAAGGAGCGGAAGAGGAGUUUCCCCGCGGUGGGUCACGUUACCGGGCCAAAGGUGCACUGGUGCAGAAAGAAAGAAAGAUCAUCUGCACCAAAGCAAGCAUCAUCCAGCAGCAUCACCACGCUUUGUUCCUCUACCCCUCAACAUCUCCCCCUUUUCCUCUGGGGUUUUUGCUUUUUUGUCGGGCUACUCGGCCUUUGCGUCUUUCUGCUGUAUUAUUUGGUUAUCAUUUCUUUAUUCCUUUUCGUCUUUAUUUUAACUCCUGUUUCAACGAAGCACGGUUCACCUCCCCUCCCUCCGAGUGACUCCAACGAGGCUUUUGUCAUUUUACUUCGACAAGAGCUGCUUUUCUUGCAGCGCCACAACCAUGGACUCCAUGAGAUCGCUGAACACUUCUCUACCUAGCUCUACCCCUCGCCCGCAGCCACCUGAACAGCUUUUACAACAGUUUAAGGCCGCCGCCCUGUCUGUGACCAACCUCUACAAGAAUGCUGUGUGUGAACAGGCCCAAGCCAAGCAAGCGGGCUACCAAGAAGCCAUUGAGGAUCUACUUCAGUUUCUGGACAAAGAGGACCUGGGAUUAGGCGACGGAGAGGGCUGGAAGGUUCGGCAAUGGGCAACCCAAAGGAGCGAUGGAACAGGUGCUCCUGGCAGCGAUGAUGAUGAGCGCGGGGAUGUUGACAAGCGGGCUCGAAGUGCUACUCCGGUUACUACACGCAAAGAGCAACCUGAACCGGAAGCCAUCCGUCAACCGACCAAGCAGGCAUCGCCGCCCAAGGAAGAGCCAGUCGCCCCCCAGCAGCAGCAGCCCUCGCCGCCCCCGCAACCUCAAGCCAACGACACCAACGCUUUUGACAGACCGGCAGUUUUCACCUUCAGCGCAGCACCAUCAUUCCCGCAGUUCCAGGAACAAGAUGUUGACAUGCACCCCUCCGAUGCUUCGACAGUGUCCUCUCAGGAUGGUGCCCCUGUCAGUGUAUCAGUUCUGCCCCGAAACUCCCGACAACAAAACCGCAACAACAACCUGUCACGACCGACUCCACGACCCUCCACACGAGAACCGUCCGUAGGGCUGGGCUCGAAGAGAAAGCUCACCGUUCCUGACUUUUUCGACUUAUCAGGACUAGGGAAUCGGGAUAUGUUUGGGGGUGGUAAACGCGGCCGCUUUACCUAGAGAAUAAUUUGAUGUCGACGAUGGGACGAAUCUUAUAUUCUUAUGGUCACGCAGCGGUUUAUUGGCAUUUUUUUUUGAAUUCUGUUUCCCAGGUGCAUUCGAGGGAGUAUCGCAUAUGGUUUCUGGUUUAUUUGUUUUCUGCUUCUAUUUUUCUGUUCUCUUAUCCUUCUUUAUCUCUUCGUUUUCUCCCCCAUUAUUAUUCAUGUAUUUCCCUUUGUUAUAACCAUCAAACAUAUAGAGGACAUCAGAUAAGGUGAUACCCGGUGUGGCUGUUUAUUUUAUAUUUACUUGGA